AAAUUUAGUAUUAAUUACAUCAAAAUUCAUUUAAAAGCUCACUACUUUCAGUAACAUGAUUCAAGAUUUUAAAUAUUUAAUCCACUAUAGUGUGACCGCCUGAAAAAAAGAUGAUUUUUGUGAAUUUUUUUAAAGAAACCUACUGCAUGGUUUUUUUAAUAUUUUAAGGAAAUAUUUUUGGAUAUGUAAUGAAUAGAAGAUGAAAUUUUUGGACCAAAAAAUUCAAAAUUCAGUGAGUUAUUCAUAAUCUCUCAACGCUCGAAAAAAAAAGUUCCUACACUGCUGCAUUGAUAGCAACCUUCGCAGUACAUGAAAUCUAAAAAACCAAAAAGUUUAUUAAACUAGAAGGUAUUUCCCGUACCAUGACCCUCGGGCUAAGAAAAAAAUUUUCAAACUUUGCGCAAAAAUUUGAUGAUUUUUGGCCUGCCAAAGUUACAUUUUUGAUUCGAUCGGAAAACUGGAGGUUCAUGGUUCGUAGAAACAUAUAUAAAAGAAGCUGAUGCAAUUCGAAUCAAAUCGAUCGGAUGAUUUGUCUUCGAAUUAUAACUGCAGCAAUUUUGAAAAGUGUAUUUUCGAAAACCGAUAAGCGGCUGCUCUUCAGAUGGCUGUAACUCAAAAAAACUAUUCGAAAUAUGCACUAGAAAUUUUAGUAUGUUAUUUUUGAAGGUGAAGACUAUCAAAAUAUGAAGAAAAAAAAUUGAUUUUUUCAAAAUUUCCCACUACUGGUCUCCCUUAAGUAAAUAUAAAAUUGCAUUACACCCCUAGUGAGUACUGUACUUAUUAAAUAAAGUGAACUUAACUAACUCAACAAUAUCUGAUAUUAUGCAUAAAAAUAUUGUAAUUUAUAAAAAAAGAGUGAACAAAAGUCGUAGGGCGUCGUUCGAGAGAAAGGCGACGAAAUGGAAGGCAGAGUAGGUAAAGGCAUGUUCGAAUCCUCUGUUUGACUCAGUUCACUCCGAUCCAAGCAACUGCUCAGGUCAGUUACCGCCAUUCAGUCGCGGUAUUAAACGGCGUCAAGAUUGUGUUAUGUGCUAUCCACUUUAAAUUGCCGCUUUUUUAUUGUUUAAUUACCAAGAUGAAAAUUUCUUUUUCUAAUGAGACUAUUUGUUAGUUAUUUUUUAAAUUUAACUUGUAAUUUUUUAAUCACAUAACAAGUUUUAUCAACUACAAUUACGAUGUUGCAAUACUAAGUGUAAAAUAAUUCAUGGAUUGAAUACAAAUAUAUAUAUAUAUUUUAAAUUAAUUUAAACAGUGAACAAUUUGAAAAAAUGAACGGCGUGAGUAGAGUAAAUUAACAAUAGUCAAAAGUACGCAUAAACAGCAACAGUAAAAGGAAGAGAAAGAACACGUUAUAUAUAAAACAGAAGAAUAAGAAGAAAAGAAAAACUUCACGAUGGUCGUCGAAUGGUUAUGUCCUGGAAUGAGGCCCACUGGUAGUCGUAGGCCUCGGAUUCUUCACUGCAAGGUCAUCCUCCUUGACGAGCACGAGUUACUGCAAGACGUACUGGGUUCAAAUUUGGGACAAGAAUUGUUGGACCGUGUUUUCCGUCAUUUAAAUCUUUUGGAGACAGCUUACUUCGGAUUACGGUACUUAGAUCACGAAAAUCAAAUGCAAUGGCUAGAUCCAAGUAAAAAAAUUGGCAAGCAAUUGAAAAUUCGUAAAAAUGAUACGACACAAGAUGCUCAUACGCUCUAUUUUGGGGUUAAAUUUUAUGCCGCUGAUCCUUGCAAGCUUCUUGAAGAAAUUACAAGGUAUCAAUUCUUCUUACAAGUCAAACAGGAUAUUUUCCAAGGCAGGUUACCAGUCCCAUUUGAUCUUGCUGCUGAAUUAGGUGCUUAUGUAGUACAAUCGGAACUCGGCGAUUAUGAUUCUAGACGACAUUCUCCUGGUUACGUUACCGAGUUUCGAUUUCUAACUAAUCAAACAUCUGAACUAGAAGCAAGGAUAGUCGAGCUUCAUAAAACUCUAAUUGGUCAAUUACCAUCAACGGCAGAGCUUAAUUAUUUAGAUAAAGUAAAGUGGCUUGAAAUGUAUGGAGUUGAUCUCCAUCCGGUGUUAUUUGAGGGUGACGACAACGUCGAGUACUAUUUGGGCUUAACUCCAAGUGGAAUAAUUUUACUACGAAAUAAAACCAAAGUAGGCAACUACUACUGGCCGCGUAUCAAUAAAAUAUAUUUUAAAGGCAGAUACUUUAUGCUUCGUGUCAGCGAAAAAAAUUCAGAAGAGCGAACACAUGGAUUUGAAACACCUUCAAAAGGAGCUUGUCGACAUCUUUGGAAGUGUUGCCAAGAGCAUCAAGCAUUCUUUCGAUUAAUGGCAACCGGACCACCGCCUAUGAGCCCGUACUCUCGUUUUCGAUCUUACAGUCCCACUUCAGAAAAACAGCAGCAAAGUUCAAUUCGUCGGAUACCCCAGCCAGCUUUCCAACGUGUCCCAAGCCGCCGAGCUCAGCGUAGAAUUGUCGAGGGCCAAGAGACAGUAGGAUCAUUUGUUGAAACUCCUACUGCCGAUCGAAUAACCGAUAGCCGAUCUGUUAAUUUAGGAAAUUCUAAUACCUCCAGACAUGUAAAUAAUUCCAGUCCUAGAAGUAUUCGAAGCGCACCGUGGACUCAGAGUCAAUCUCGUGGGUUCUAUUCAUCAUCCAGUCCUCGCUCUAUACGUUCCGCAGGUACAGCUCCUGGGUUAUUUAAUAGACUUCAUAGAAGAAGUAGUUCUGUAGAAAGUCAAAGCUCUGGUGACAGCCACAGUCGCAGUGGGCAUCGUAGACGAAGUCAUAGUCAUAGUCACAGUCAUCGUAGACACAGCCGGCAUUCCGACUGUGAGUCUGAACUUUCUAGAGGUUCCGACAGUAGAUCUGGUCACCGUAAGCAUCGACGAAAGCACCGAAGUUCUCGUAAUUCACGACAUGAAUUAGUAGAUUCUGAGCCACAAUGGAGAGAAGCGCAAAAACGAAAAACUGAAGGAGUUCAAAGAGCAGUGGUGAGUCAUACAGAGCCAAGAAGAAAACAUAGAAGCAGACAUAGAAGUCCAUCUCAGAAAUUGCCUCACGAGCUUAGAAAGCAUUUAGAAUAUAAUCUUAUUGAUACGUCAAGAAUGACUGAAGAACAACGACGAGAAAUCGCUUACACUGUUGUUAAAUCACAAGCUACUCCUCAAAAUCUUUCACAUUUAAGUAAUUUACAUUUAGACAUUGAUACAACAGUCUCAACUAGAACAAUUGGAACAUUUGACAAGAGGGAUAGACAAAUUCGUCAAAAACGCGAAGCAAAUUACGACGUUUUAUCGACAAGAUCCAGUGGACUUGAAUCAAAGUAUUCGACAACUAGAAAUCAUUAUAAUGAAAAAAAAGAUUAUAAUUCGACUUCACGUAGUAGCAAAAUAUUAAUUGGCAGCAAUGUUGAUAGUGGAUUGGGUGAGAGUACCACUCAGGAUUUAUCAAGUUGCUGUUCAAGUUCUGCUGAUAGCACUAGAAUAACUCGUAUGACGCAAGCACAAUUAGCAAGAAAAGGAAUUUAUGAUUUAUCACCAAAUCCAGAAAUUCCACCUCCUAUUGAUGUUACUUUAGAUGCAGUUCUUCAACCUAUAAUAUCAACAUUAACACGCAAACCUAAGAAUUUAUCCAAAUCAUAAUUGGAUCCAAUGAUCUUGUAUCGAAUGAUGUAUUGAUAACUAUUGUUUAUUCAACUUCGUUGUACAUUUUCAUUCAUUUUAUAUACUUAGAUGAAUAAAAAA